AUGGUUGGGGCUCUGAAAGGGGAGCUUGCUGCUACUGCAGUCAAUGCACCAAUGGUUCCCUCUGAGAACAUAGACAAGUCUGAGGAUAUUUUUCCUGAAGUUCAAGUUAUGGUCAAUAUAUCCUGCAUAACUGGGUACGAUACAGAAGACAAGUCUACUACAUGUUUGCAAAAUGCUACUAUGCAUUCAUAUCAACAUUGUCUUGUUCAUUCUGCUUCAGAACCAUCUGAUUCUGGUUUCAUAAAGGGUGCAGUUUCUAGUUACAUUCAUCAACAAGAAAUUACUGCAGAUUUGCGAUGGACUCAGAAAUUUGGAUUUGCUUGA